ACGUCAAAAGUGCACAUAGAACUGUUGGGGACUAUACAUUGUACAUUUUCACUUCAAACUUCAAUCUAUAGUAGAAUUUCUUCUCUUAUUUAUGAAGAUGAUGAUGAUGAUGACGAUGAUGAUGAUGAUGACAAUGUAGAUUAUGAAAAUAAAGACAAAUACGAAUCUGAAAAAAAAUCAGUGGCCAGUAUGUGUUUCUCAAAUGAAUCAAAUGAAGAGCCCGGAACUUCUUCUGGAAUUCGAAAUGGUGGAACUGAAAACACUGAUGUCGAAGCUAAUGAAAACUUACAAUUUGCUUGGGAAGCUCUUGAAAUGGCUGCCAAAAUAUUUAGGCGAUUGGGAAAAGGCUAUGAAGAAUACUUGGCCGAGGCGCAUUACGGUCUUGGAGAAAUUUUAAUGGAAAAUCAAAAUUGUUCGGAAGCAAUACGUGAUUAUAACAUUGCGUUUGAGAUCUUUUGUAAGGCAGAACCUAUAAAAGAACGUUCCUUGGCUGAAAUCAAGUACAAAACAGGAUUAUGUAAUUAUACAAGUGCCGAUUUCGAGGCAUCAAUUGCUGAUUUCGAGGGAUCGGCAAACUACAUGAAUCAAGCGAUAGAAGCACUUAAGGAGAAGGAACAAACACCCGAAAUUCAAAAAACUAUUGAUGAUCUUUCAACAAUGCGUGAAGAUAUCCUCAACAAGAUUGCCGAGGUUCAGGAAACAAAGCAACUGCUAAGAAACAAUUUAAUGUCGAAAACUGGAGGUUACACAGCACUUUUGACUGAAGACGUCAAGUCAGGUGGUGCAGAAGGGAGUUCAAGCGGACAAUCGGAAAAACCAAAAGCAAACGAUAUCAGUCAUUUAAUAAAGAGAAAAAAAGAUACAUCAGAUGAAAUUGCAAACAAUCCAAAUGAAUCGUCGCCGGCAAAAAAAAAAGCUCCAUAAAUGUGAAAAAAAAUCGAAAAAGUCUCAUUAUUUUCACUAAUUUGAUACACAUUCUAUUAUUAUUAUUAAUUAUUUAAUUCAGUUUGUAACUUUGUCAAUUCAAGAAAUCAAACAUUAGAUUAAACGUUUUAAAUUAAAAUAAAUACAAUUUCAACUAA